AUGCUGACCCAAUUCACCAGCGGCGUCGCCCGUAGCUUGGGCAGGUCUGCCUUCGCUCGGCCUUCUAUCACUCGACGCGCUUUCGAGCCCCUACGAAGACAAGCUGCCCCUGCAGCAGCUCAGAGAUGGGCAUCGACCGACUCGUCCAGAGAUGGGAAGAUCCAUCAGGUCAUUGGUGCCGUUGUUGACGUCAAAUUUGAUGGUGAUCAAUUACCUGCCAUUCUAAACGCCCUCGAGACCGAGAACAAUGGACAAAAGCUGGUCUUGGAAGUUGCGCAACAUUUGGGUGAAAAUGUUGUGCGUACUAUUGCCAUGGACGGUACCGAGGGUCUUGUUCGAGGUCGUAAAGCCACCGAUACUGGUGCACCUAUCCGUAUUCCUGUCGGACCUGCCACCUUGGGCCGUAUCAUGAACGUCACUGGUGACCCUAUUGACGAGAGAGGUCCCAUCAAGGGCACUAAGUUGGCUCCUAUCCACGCCGAUGCUCCCGAAUUCGUCGAACAAGCUACCAGCGCCGAAGUACUUGUGACUGGUAUCAAAGUCGUCGAUCUCCUAGCGCCUUAUGCUCGUGGUGGGAAGAUUGGUCUAUUCGGUGGUGCCGGUGUCGGCAAGACUGUGUUUAUUCAGGAGCUGAUUAAUAACAUUGCCAAAGCCCAUGGUGGUUACUCCGUCUUCACUGGUGUGGGCGAGCGAACCCGUGAGGGUAACGAUCUGUACCACGAAAUGCAGGAAACCUCAGUCAUUCAGCUUGAUGGCGAGUCCAAGGUCGCCUUGGUGUUCGGUCAGAUGAACGAGCCCCCUGGAGCCCGUGCCCGUGUCGCUUUGACCGGUCUGACUGUUGCUGAAUAUUUCCGUGACGAAGAAGGACAGGAUGUGUUGCUCUUCAUUGACAACAUUUUCCGUUUCACUCAAGCCGGUUCCGAAGUAUCUGCCUUGCUCGGUCGUAUUCCUUCUGCCGUCGGUUACCAACCCACUCUUGCCGUCGACAUGGGUCUCAUGCAGGAACGCAUCACAACUACCCAAAAGGGAUCUAUUACAUCCGUGCAGGCCGUCUACGUGCCCGCUGACGAUUUGACUGAUCCUGCCCCCGCCACCACAUUCGCCCAUUUGGACGCUACAACUGUGUUGUCUCGUGGUAUUUCAGAAUUGGGUAUCUACCCUGCUGUCGACCCUCUUGACUCCAAGUCCCGCAUGUUGGAUCCCCGAGUUGUUGGACAAGAGCACUACGACACUGCAUCCCGAGUACAACAGAUGUUGCAAGAGUACAAGUCUCUUCAGGAUAUCAUUGCCAUUUUGGGUAUGGAUGAAUUGUCUGAAGCCGAUAAACUGACUGUCGAGCGUGCCCGAAAACUGCAGAGAUUCUUGAGCCAGCCUUUCACUGUUGCUCAGGUCUUCACUGGUAUUGAGGGUAAGCUUGUGGAUCUCAAGGACACCAUCAGUUCGUUCCAGAAGAUUAUCAACGGUGAAGGCGACGACCUCCCAGAAGGUGCCUUCUACAUGGUUGGCGACUUCGAGAGCGCCCGAGCGAAGGGUGAGAAGAUCUUGGCAGAACUUGAAAAGUGA